AUGGCUUCUCAGGCAAAAGCUGUCACUGUUUCACUCCAGGAUCUCAAGGACGGCAACAUCCCCUUUGAGACCCUACAACAAGCCUUUGGCCCAGACUCUCUGGGAAUCCUCGUCGUCAAGGAUGUUCCCCAAGAAUUCCCCGAACUUAGACACCAGGCCCUCUCUUACGCCUCAUAUCUCGGCAACCUCCCCAAGGAUGAGCUCGAAAAGCUUGAGAACUCCCGCUCAAAGUAUCUGACCGGUUGGUCCCUCGGGAAGGAGACCCUCAAGAACGGCCAAGUCGACACCUUCAAGGGCUCCUACUAUGCCAACUGCGCCUUCUACGUCGACCCUACCCUCGAGUGCGCCGUCCCAACCUCCGAGUUCUCCAUCGACACCUUUCCCGAAUAUCUUGCCCCUAAUGUCUGGCCUCGAGAGGAGAUCCUUCCGGGAUUCAAGCCCUCCGUGACAACCCUGUGCCGUCUCAUCAUUGAUGUUGCUGUUCUUGUCGCUCGUGCCUGUGAUCGCUUUGCCCAGCAGGACAUCCCCGGAUAUCCCAAGGGCUAUCUAGAGCAUGUUGUGAGCACUUCAAGCACCACCAAGGCCCGUCUGCUGCAUUACUACCCCCAGGAGGCUGAUCCCGCUGCCAAUGAAGGCGACGAGGAUGAUUGGUGUGCCACGCACCUCGACCACGGCUGUUUGACCGGUCUUACAUCUGCCAUGUUCAUCGACGAGCAAAAGACCAGUCCUGCUGUACCUGAGGGGACGAGCCUAAACGGCGCCUCCCUGCCUCCCCUCGAGGAACUCCCCUCAUCCCCUGACCCCUCCGCUGGACUGUACAUCAAGUCACGUACUGGCGAGACCGUCCAUGUCAAGAUCCCGCGCGACUGCAUCGCAUUCCAGACGGGUGAGGCCCUUGAGCGCAUCACCGCCGGUCGCUUCAAGGCCGUGCCGCACUUUGUUAGGGGUGUGAGGCCUAGUGUGAGCGACGGAAAGGUGGCGCGAAACACCCUGGCCGUCUUUACCCAGCCCAACUUGGGUGAGGAGGUGGACAUUGAGCAGCACCUCACUUUUGGAGAGUUUGCUAGAGGUAUUGUGAGCAAGAAUACCGUGUCAUAG